GCCCCUCAUGAAAUGAAUUCCUUUGUGAGUAACUUGAAGCCUGUGAUUGAGGUUGAAUGCUGUAAGAAUAUGCCAUUUAAGGCAGAUAGUUCUUCCCAGGAAGGUCUUCUCGAUAUGGAGCUCCCAGCUCUUGAUAACCACAAUGCUUCCAUCAACUUCUCUAAACUGAAAAGCUGUGAAAUCCACAGGCAAAAGGAUCGUAAUGAAGCACCGGAUGCUGAAAAAACAGAACAAAAUAUGGAUCAUAUUUCUAAACAGAGUAACAAAAAUACUCUGACACCUUGUCAUGGGAGAAAAGCUUUCCAAGAACUGACAAAUACUAGUAUACAAUUUCACACUUCUGUACCUAAAUCCCCCCAAACUUCAGAAGAUUCAGCAGCACCACUGAGACGAGGCAGACCCACUGUUUGCUACAAGGAACCCAGUCUUCAGAGCAAAUUAAGGAGAGGGGAUCGAUUUACAGAUACACAAUUCCUGAAUUCCCCGGUCUACAAAGUAAAAAAUAAAGGAAAUUUUAAAAGCAAAUCAAAAUUUUAUUGAGGAAGAGAGAAUUGCCUUUAUGGACAAUACUUCUAAAAUGGGUACAAUUGUUUAUGUGUAUAUGUAAAUGUUUAGCAAUAUAGAGUCUUUGUUGUUCUUUGAUUAGUAAGGUCUUCCACAGUGAAAUUUUCUGGAGAAGAGCCUCUAUAAAAGGGGCACAGAAUACUUUAUUGAGGAAGGCUUAUACAGGUGAGGCUCACUCCUGUUUUGCCUUUCAGGUCAGUAAUUUUUAAUCUGUUCAAAUGGUUUGCAGCACUUCUUAAAUUGUUAGAAAAUAUAUGUUUUAAUGAGAAAUAAAAAUAAACCAGCUUUGGGAAUUGUA